CUUGGCGCACACGGCAGCGCUGUAGAAGUGAUAUCAUAAAGCAAUUUCUAUUAGCAGAACUAUCAAGGUGUUCUAUUCCAGAAAAUAACUUUGUUGCGGUGCUGUGUCCCUAGACCCUUGCGGUCACUCCUGGAGUGGCUUGUGAAGUUGGAAGACUGAUCGAGAGGAAACACCAGGAGGAUGGCGGGGGUGGCAGAGGCCAGUGUGGACUCGAAGGCCGAGCUCACCUCUCUGCUGGAGCAGUGGGAGAGGGAGCAGCAGUCAACUUCACCAGUCCUUGUUGACAUCUUGACCAAGAUCUCAGAGCUGGUGGAGCGUGAGACAGAGGAGUACCGCAAAGCAGACCCUGAUCCUUUUGAUGAUCGCCAUCCAGGCCGUGCUGAUCCAGAGUGCAUGCUGGGCCACCUUUUGAAGAUCCUCUUCAAGAACGAUGACUUCAUGAACGCUCUGGUGAACACGUAUGUGAUGAGCAGUAGAGAGGGGACCCUCAACACUGCCGCAUGUCGUCUCCUGCUCAACAUCAUGCCAGGCCUGGAGACCGCUGUCGUCUUUCAGGAGAAGGAGGGGAUUGUGGAGAAGCUGUUCAAGUGGGCUCAGGAGGCAGAGCAGCCCUUGAGGAUCUACGCUGUGGGCCUGCUGGCUGGAGCCAUGGAGAACCAGGACAUAGCUGCCAACUACCGCGAAGAAAACUCCAUAUUAGUGCCGCUGAUGCUGCAGCGGCUGAGGGAGCUGCAGGAGCGUGAGGUGGAGGCCCGUCGGGACAUGAGGCGGCCCAGCCCCCGCAAGCCCUCCAGCCUGGAGCCACUGCUGCCUCUGGACGAGGAGACGGUGGACUGCGCUGCUUUCCAGGACAGCAAGAAUGGCAUGGACGUGAAAUGUGGAGGGAUGGGAGUGGGAGGGGGGUUAGGGGCGUUGGUGGAAGAGGACGAGGAGGAUGAGAUGGCGACCGAAGGCAGCUCGGUGAAAAGGGAGGAGAGGGAAUGUUACAGUCUAGCGCCCAGCAGCGGGCUGUUCAGCCUGGGCUCGGCCCAUAAGACCAGCAGCCGUGCCGGCUCCAUGCAGAAGAGCCUGCCCAAGACUCUGGAGAGCCCGGACACUGAGGCCCCCACAGCUGACGAGGCGGACGGGGCCAAACCCGAGGGAGCGAGCCCCAGUGCCAGGCAUUCUCUGCUGAGGAGGCCGGAGCGUGAGAACGGGGGUCGCAAGGUCAAGCAGAAGCUGAACUUCACGGCACCGUCGUCCUCGGAGCCGGAGCGCAGCUUCAGCGACGUGAGCAACAGCAGCUGGUCAGAGAUGAGCCCCUGGGUGAUUGGCCAGAACUACCACCUGGACCCCCUCACACCUGCCAUCGAGCAGCGCCUCAUCCUGCAGUACCUCACGCCCCUCGGAGAGUACCAGGAGCUGUUGGCUGUUUUCAUGCAGCUGGGGGCCAGGCAGCUUCUCAUGCACUACAUGGAUCUCAAGCAGACCAAUGAUGUGCAGCUCACAUUCGAAGCUCUCAAGUACCUGGCCUCCCUGCUGUUGCAUAAGAAGUUUGCUGCUGAGUUUGUGGCUCAUGGAGGAGUGCAGAAGCUUCUGGAGAUCCCUCGGCCCUCCAUGGCGGCCACCGGGGUCUCCCUGUGCCUCUACUACCUGGCCUAUAACCAAGACGCCAUGGAGAGGGUGUGUAUGCUGCCCCACUCCAUCCUGUCAGAGGUGGUGAAGUACACGCUGUGGCUGCUGGAGUGCUCCCACGCCUCCGGCUGUUGCCAUGCAACCAUGUUCUUCUCCAUCUCCUUCUCCUUCCGGGCCGUGCUGGAGCUCUUCGACCAGCAGGACGGACUGCGGCGCCUCGUCAACCUGAUCAGCACCCUGGAGAUCCUGAACCCUGACGACCAGGGAGCGCUGCUGAGCGACGAUGAGAUCUUCUCCAGUCGGCAGACUGCCAAGCACACCUGCAUGGCGCUGCGCAGGUACUUUGAGGCGCACCUGGCCAUCAAGGUGGAGCAGGUCAAGCAGUCCCUGCAGCGCACAGAGGGGGGCGCUCCAAUCCAUCCACAGCCCUACUAUAAGGCGUGCACGUACACCCAUGAGCAGGUGGUGGAGAUGAUGGAGUUUCUGUUUGAGUUUGGGCCGGUGCGUCUGUACUGGGAGCCGGCCGAGGUCUUCUACAAGAUGUCCUGCGUGCAGCUGCUGCUCCAGCUCAUCUCCAUCGCCUGCGACUGGAGGACCUACUACGGCAGGAGUGAUACGGUGCGCUAUGCGCUGGACAUCCUGAGUAUCCUGACCAUCGUGCCAAAGACCCAGUUGCUGCUGGCUGACCCGGUGGCUGUACUGGAUGAAGGGGGCUCCACCGUCUCCACUGUGGGCAUGAGCAUCGUGCUGGUGGUUGCCGAGGGCGAGGUGUUUGUCAACGAUGCCGAGAUCCAGAAGUCGGCGCUGCAGGUGGUGAUCAACUGCGUGUGCGCGCCCGACAAGCGCGUCUCCAGCAUCGGCAAGUUCAUGGCGGGCACCCCGCGCCGCCGCCUGCCCCAGGCCAACCGUGCCAGCGAGAGCGUCCUGGCCAAGAUGUGGAACGUGGUGCAGUCCAACAACGGCAUCAAGGUUCUGCUGUCGCUGCUCACCGUCAAGAUGCCCAUCACGGACGCCGACCAGAUCCGGGCGCUGGCCUGCAAAGCUCUGGUGGGGCUGGCACGCUCGGCCACCGUGCGGCAGAUCAUCAGCAAACUACCGCUCUUCAGCAGCGGCCAGAUCCAGACGCUCAUGAAGGAGCCCGUGCUGCAGGACAAGCGCAAUGAGCACGUGCGCUUCUGCAAGUACGCGGCGGAGCUGAUUGAGCGCGUGUCGGGUAAGCCGCUGCUGAUGGGCACCGACGUGUCCCUGGCGCGGUUGCAGCGGGCGUCCGUGGUGGCGCAGUCCCGCAUCUCCUUCCCCGAGAAGGAGCUGCUGCUGCUCAUCCGCAACCACCUGGUGGCCAAGGGCCUGAACGACACGGCCACCACACUGACUAAAGAGGCCGACCUGCCCAUGGCCCCGCUGGCACACGCCCACGGACACGGACACGCACAUCCCCACGGCUCGCACGCCGUGCCCCCGUUCGUUGCCCCGGGGGUUUCUAUCGCCGCCUCCGCCACCCCGGCCGCCAUCUUGCCAAGGACUCCCCGGCUGGCCAAUGGGGUGGCGGCACGGCUGGGAAGCCACGCCUCCACGUCGGGCUCCCCCAGCCUCCUGCUCACCGGGGCGCGGGCGUCCACCUCCCAGCUCCACGUCCCCCCUCCCUCCACCUCCUCCUCCUCCCUAUCCGCCACCGCCUCCUCCUCGGCCCUGGCCCUCACCGCCAACCCCCAGACGUCCUCCUCCUCCUCCAUCACCACGGCUCCCCAGCCCUCCGCCAACGGCUCCCCGUUAAUCGGCCGCAUCGUCUUCACGCGCGAGCGGCCCUCUCCGUGUGCCACGGGCCGCAAGCCCCGCGUGCUGCGGCAGAAGUCGGACCACGGCGCCUUCAGCCAGAGCCCGGCCAUGAAGAAGCAGCUGGACCGGCACCUGCCCUCGCCGCCCGCCCUCGACAGCAUCAUCACCGAGUACCUGCGCGAGCAGCACGCCCGCUGCAAGAACCCAGUCACCACCUGCCCCCUCUUCAGCCUCUUCACGCCACACCAGUGUCCUGAGCCCAAGCAGCGUCGGCAGGCCCCGGCCAACUUCACCCCGCGGCACGUGCGGCGCACCACCUACCCCAAGUACGGCGGCGUGGACGGCGGCUGCUUCGACCGGCACCUGAUCUUCAGCCGCUUCCGGCCCAUCUCGGUGUUCCGGGAGGCGGACGAGGACGAGAGCGGCUUCAUGUGCUGCGCCUUCUCGGCCCGCGAGCGCUUCCUCAUGCUGGGCACCUGCACGGGCCAGCUCAAGCUCUACAACGUCUUCACCGGCCAGGAGGAGGCCAGCUACAGCUGCCACAGCUCCGCCAUCACGCACCUCGAGCCCUCCAGGGAUGGUUCUCUGCUGCUGACCUCAGCCUCCUGGAGCUACCCCCUCUCGGCCCUCUGGGGCAUGAAGUCCGUCUUUAUCAUGAAGCAUUCCUUUUUAGACGAUCAUUACGUGGAGUUCAGCAAAAUGUCCCAAGACAGGGUCAUCGGGACCAAAGAGCAUGUUGCUCACAUCUACGACAUCCAGACGGGCCAGAAGACGCUGACCCUGAACAACCCCGACCUGGCCAACAACUACAAGCGCAACUGCGCCACAUUCAACCCCACGGACGACCUGGUGCUGAACGACGGCGUGCUGUGGGACGUGCGCUCGGCCAAGGCCAUCCACAAGUUUGACAAGUUCAACAUGAACAUCAGCGGCGUCUUCCACCCCAACAGCCAAGAGGUCAUCAUAAACACAGAGAUCUGGGAUCUAAGGACAUUUCAUCUGUUGCACACUGUCCCGGCUCUUGACCAGUGCAGGAUUGUGUUCAAUAACAAUGGCACAGUUAUUUAUGGAGCGAUGCGGCAGGCAGACGAUGACGAUGACAUGCUGGAGCAGCAAAUGAAGAGUCCCUUCGGAUCCUCCUUCAGAACCUUCGACGCCACAGACUACAAGCCCAUAGCCACUAUUGAUGUGAAGAGGAACAUAUUUGAUUUGUGCACAGACACGAAAGACUGCUACCUGGCUGUAAUAGAGAACCAGGAUGCUAUUAACAUGGACACGGUGUGCCGUCUUUAUGAGGUGGGCCGGCAACGACUAGCCGAAGAGGAGGAGGAUGAGGAAGAUCAGGAGGAGGAAGAGCAGGAUGAGGAUGACGAUGAUGACGACUCUGAGGACGACAUGGACGAUAUCGACAUGGACGACCUGGAGACGGACCCUAUCCUGGCCGAGCUGGGGAACGACAACGAUGGGGAGGACGAGGAGAACGGGGACAACGACUUCUCGCCCUCGGAUGACGAGGAGGUGGCCCGCCUACUGCAGGAGGAAGGGGACGAGGAGGACGAUGACGAUGAUGACGACGACUCUGAUGACAACGAUGAUGACGCAGACCUAGGCCUGGACAACACCGACAGCUCUGACAACUCUGAUUUGGAAGAUGACAUCAUUCUCUCCUUGAACGAGUAGCAGGAGAGGGAUGUGGCUUAGGUGACUACUGGGUACGCCGGAGGAAGACUGAGAGGAAGAGGUGUGGCGGUCGCCCUCUCGCUCUCGUCAGAGAAGGGAAGAGCUAAAAGCUUCAGGGCUUCAACUGAUGAACCGCUUAACGCCCAACUCUCAUGCUGUAUCAGGAGAACACUUGAAAAGAUCAGUUGUUUGCUUGUGUUAUUUUUUACUCCCCGUCUUUUUUCUUUUGGUUUUGAUUAAAACACGACAGCGCGACUAUCUCUGCAAGUCGUGUGUUGUCUGUGUGUGUUCUGCCAGUAUCCUGUUUUUUUGUGCGCGUGUGAGCUCGGCCACUGGAACUGAGCGAGGCACUGGCUACAAACAGGUGUGUUCUCUGCACUUGUCUUCCAGUGUUACUUUUACUUUUUCCCCCUCCUUAAAAAAUAUUGUACUCUUUCUAAAUGUAAUUAUCAAAAAGUGUCACUGAUGUAAAGCCCCUGGACCUUACUACUUGUGCAGAAUGUAUGUAUCUAAAGUAUUUUUCUAUAAAUGUAAUAAAACACAGCUGUCUCUGUGUUUUGACGUAGACACUGAAGUGAAUUCCAUUUGGGAGGAUGUACUGUUUCUAGAAAAUGCAAGAGGAUUGAGAUUGUAUUAUAUUGUAAUAUAAUACACGUUAAUGGGAAAAAUA